GGUCAACGUAUGAGCGCUGACGUCUUUCUCAGUGGAAAGAUGGCGGCAGGAACAGUAACUACCAGGAGAUGGUCUAGGUUUUUGCCCGCUUUUAGGUGCCGGAAUGAAUGCAAGACAAGUCUCCAGCUCAGCUUUUUCUUCAUUUUCUCUGUGAUUUUGGGGACGCUUCAUGGAGCGGUGGCUGACGGGAAAACACUAGUUCUUUUGGACAACCUUAACAUCAAAGACACUCAUUCAAUAUUCUUCCGCAGUUUAACUGAUCGCGGAUUUGACUUGACUUUUAAGACUGCCGACGACCCUGGCCUCUCUCUUAUCAAAUAUGGCCAGUUCCUUUAUGAUCAUCUCAUAAUUUUUUCUCCAUCUGUGGAAGACUUUGGGGGCAACAUCAACGUGGAGACCAUCACCGCUUUCAUCGACGGGGGUGGUAAUGUCCUUGUUGCUGCCAGUUCGGACAUCGGCGACCCCCUGAGAGAGCUGGGCAGUGAGUGUGGGAUUGAGUUUGAUGAGGAGAAGACCGGCGUCAUCGACCACCACAACUAUGAUGUGUCUGACCCAGGAGAGCACACUCUGAUCGUGGCAGAUCCGGGGAAUCUUCUCAAAGCCCCCACCAUCGUUGGCAGGCCCACGGGGAAGCCCAUUCUUUUCAAAGGUGUUGGAAUGGUGGCUGACCCCGAUAACCCACUGGUGCUGGACAUCUUGACCGGUUCCUCUACAUCCUACUCCUUCUUCCCUGACCGCCCCAUCACCCAGUACCCCCACGCAGUGGGCAAGAACACCCUGCUGAUCGCAGGCCUCCAGGCCAGAAACAACGCUCGGGUAGUCUUCAGCGGGUCUCUGCAGUUCUUCAGCGACGCCUUCUUCAACUCCCCGGUUCAGAAGGCCGUGCCUGGCUCUGAGAGGCACGCACAGACGGGGAACAUGGAGCUCGCCGUGGCGCUGUCCCGCUGGGUGUUCAAGGAGGAAGGUGUUCUGAGGGUCGGGGCUGUGAGCCACCACCCAGUUGGAGAGAGCAGCCCCCCAGCCGCCUACACCAUCACGGACCUCGUGGAGUACAGCAUCGUGAUCGAAAAGCUGUCCAACGGAAAGUGGGUGCCUUUCGAUGGAGACGAUAUUCAGCUGGAGUUCGUCAGGAUCGACCCUUUCGUUAGGACUUACCUGAAGAAGAAUGGUGGGAAGUACAGCGUCCAGUUCAAGCUGCCUGAUGUGUAUGGAGUGUUCCAGUUCAAGGUGGAUUACAACCGGCUGGGAUACACACACCUGUACUCGUCCACCCAGGUGUCAGUGCGCCCUCUCCAGCACACCCAGUACGAGCGCUUCAUCCCCUCGGCAUACCCUUACUACGCCAGCGUGUUCUCCAUGAUGGCUGGGCUCUUCAUCUUCAGCAUUGUCUUCCUCCACAUGAAAGAGAAGGAGAAAUCUGAGUAGGGGGGGGCAGGGCAAACGGGGGUGCUGGGGAGCCGGGGUGGGUUUACUUAGACGGGCAGUUUUGGGUGUGAUCAGAACCUUAAUAGGAUAUUUAAUGUAUUGUGAUUCUUGUCUGGAGGAAGUUUUUAAAAAAAAUGCCACUUAAAGAAAAUGACAGAUUUGUUUUUCAGUCUAAACGGAUACAGAUUCAUUGGAAUGGACGUUAACUUUUUUUUGUUGGUUUUAUUUUUAUGUCAAAGUUCAAAUUUUACCAAUAUCCAUUCCCUCAAUAAAAUGUUGACAUCCCACCCUAA